AUGGUCAACGAAAACAACAGUAUCGAAAGCAAUAACGACAGCUUUGUCUGGGAAGACUUUAUGGAAAAUGAUGACACAAUGAUCUCGGGAGAAGAAGGAUUUGAGGACUUUGGGGUUUCGUGCAAUGAUCUGAAUUGGGAUUCACAAACUGCCAUGUCGGCAUUUUCCAUUUGUUUUGAUUUCGACGAGAAAGACGAUGUGUCAGUGCUUGAUACUCCCUUCGAUGAGCGAUCCACGGACUCUACUAUUUUGAGCGUGCAAGACUGGUUCUCGCUUGAUACCGAAAUUGAAUUGGAGCCAAUAGCACCAAUGAAGCAAGAGUAUAAGUCUGAUACGAUUGAAGAGGCUAUCCGUCUCGAGAAGCGAGAUAAGAGGCGCGCUAUCGUCAUGGCAAAGAUGCUUCGGCUGGAAUCUUCCAUGCAAAAGCUUGGGCUACAGCUGGGGAAAACAAACGAAUGA